UUCACUUCCGAUCCCUCCGCCAUAAAUCUCUACUCUUUGCUCUCUCUCUCUCUAUAGCUUAGUCGCAAUCUCCACUCUUCAUGGCGGGCUUUCUCUCCUUCGUUCGGCGCGUGUACCUCACUCUCUACAACUGGAUCGUCUUUGCUGGAUGGGCUCAGGUUUUGUACUUUGCGAUAAGGACUUUGAAGGAAACGGGGCAUGAAAAUGUCUACGACGCCAUCGAGAAGCCUCUCCAGCUUGCUCAGACUGCUGCCGUUCUCGAGAUUCUUCACGGAUUAGUAGGUUUGGUCAGAUCUCCGGUUUCUGCUACUCUGCCACAGAUAGGUUCACGGCUGUUUCUGACUUGGGGCAUCCUAUACAGUUUUCCAGAGGUCCGAUCUCAUUUCCUUGUUACGUCGCUGGUCAUUAGCUGGUCCAUCACGGAGAUUAUUCGCUACUCCUUCUUUGGUCUUAAGGAAGCUCUAGGCUUUGCACCUUCAUGGCACUUGUGGCUCAGAUACAGCAGCUUUUUGUUGCUAUACCCUACCGGUAUCACCAGUGAAGUAGGUCUUAUCUACCUUGCUUUACCACACAUCAAGUCAUCCGAGAUGUACAGCGUUAGGAUGCCAAACAUAUUGAACUUCUCAUUCGACUACUUCUAUGCAACGAUAAUUGUCCUUGCCAUCUAUGUUCCAGGUAGUCCACACAUGUACAGGUACAUGCUUGGGCAGCGAAAGAGUGCUCUCUCCAAAUCCAAGAGGGAAUAAAAGCUGUAGAGAAGAGACCAAAGCUCAUCAACUGAUUUUCUUCUCUUGUGUGGUUCUUUCAUGUACUUCGUCUCUCUUUGUUAGACUAUUUAAAGUCUUUCUUUGAGUCUUAUUUUUUUCUUUACUUCCUCGGCGAUUGUUUAAUGUUAAGUGUAAUGCGAUUUCUAAAUUAAUACGAAGAUUAUUGGUGAUCCUAA